AGGAGGAGGCGGAGGCGGCGGCGGCAGGGGGAGUGUUAUCUACCCUUGCUAUCACAGGACUGCUCGAUAGGUGAGAUAGCGUGUCGAGAUAAGGACAGCUAGCUCGAUACCCGACCCUCACAGCCGCUAGUGUUCCGUGCACCGCUGCUCUGGUCGUGUACCCGUGUACCACUGCACCGCACUUUCCGUACCUGUCCCUGCACCUGUGUACCCGCACCAACGACUCCGCAGGCUCCAUGGGGUCGUGAUCCUGCUACCUGGUCGUUAUUGUGGUCGUGGCGGUGUUUGUGGUGGUGGUAAUUGGCUGCGUCAUCGGCUGUGGUGGUGGUGGUGGUGGUGCCUGUAGUGGUAUAGUUUUUGUGACGUGGUGGUGGUGUCUGUGGGUGUUGUAUACUCUUCCUAACUGUCCAUAAUAUCUGCUACAUGGUGGUGGUGGUGGUGGUGGUAUGAUAUGUGACGCUGGCCGUGAGAGCUGUCGUGGUUUUAAUUUGAGUUUCCGACAUUCCGGGCCUGAACUUUUGUCAUUAUCGAGUGUCCUGUUGUUAUCGAGUGUCCUGUUGUUUUCUUGCACGUGUCUGCGUCCACCACGGCUACAUAUCGCUACUACCCCCUGGCGCUGCUUCUUUAUUGGUUGCAAUCUGGGGUAAACGUAUGUCUUAAAUGGUAACCAGAAAUUUGUAUUGGUGCUACAGACUCUAAUAUGGAUGAAGCGGCCUCGUGUGUGUGUUGGAGCAGAAAAUAAGUUAUAGGAAAAGGGUUUGUUAUUGGGCGUCAGCCGAAGGAGUGAAAGAAAACGGAGGACCACAAGGUGAAGGGAAACUUAGUUAUAAAAGAGCCACAAGAGGAUAAGUGGAAGGUGACACUUGAGGAAGAAGAAAAAGAUAAAGAAUACGAGCAAAAAAGUAAAGCACAAAAGAGAAAGAAAAAGAAGAAGAAGAAGAAGACUAAACAAGAAAUAGUAAACAAAAAAAAUAGUCACAAAUCAAGAGAGAGAGAGAGAGCGAAAGAAAAGAGAGAGAAAAAAAAGUAUAUAGAAGAGAGAAAAUUAACAGAAAUACAAGAAAAUCAACACCAACAACAAGACCAAAUAUCACCCCCCCAAAAAAACAACAAAAAAACAAAAGAACAUCAGCGAAACCAGCCAAUGGAAGGACUCAUGUUAGCACCGAAUAAACCAGGACUUGGAAACCUCAUACACGCAACCACCACCACCACCACCACCAUCAACAACAAUAACAUGAGCGGUGGUGGCGGAGGAGGAGUGGGAGGAGGAAUACCAGGAUUAGUCAGCGGUGGGAGUGGCUACCUGGGCAUGAACAGCCUCACUGGGAUCAGCAUGGGAAGCAGAAGCAGCAGCGCAUCGUCAGCAGAGCGCUCACUCCUGCUGGGGGCGCUGGCGACUCACAUGGGUGUGCUGGAUGCGAGGGAGAAUGACGCCCAGACGAUCAUCAGGAAGUCGGAGCUAUGGGACGAAGUUACGAGGCAGUUCAACGCGCAGACCCUUGCCCCUCGAUCCCGCCAGCAGAUCCAGACGUUGUACAAAAACAUGAAGGCGAAGGCGCGGCGUUAUGAGGCUCGUCUGGCGGAGGUGGCGAGCGGUGUGCCUCCCCCUGACCCCGACCCUAUAUCGGAGAUGCUGCUCGGCCUCCUCCACCAGCAAAUGCAGCACCAGCGGCGCCACCUGCAGCGUCUGGCCGUGAUCGACAACUUCAGCCACGCCCUCACGCCGCCCGGCCACACCCUGAGCGGCGAUGGCACCAUGAAGCCCAUGAACUCUCACAUGGACACGACCCUCUUGACCCCCGAACAGGUGAUGCAGGUGUCCCUCGAGGAAGGACUCGCCACGGACAUGGAGGUGAAGGAUGAGCCUCAGGACCACACCUUUGCAGCCUCCCCGGAGUGCCAGCUGCAGAAGGCCGAGGAGGAGGAAGAGGAGGAGGAGGCGGAGGAAGAGGAGAAAGAGGAGGCGGCGGGAGAAAACAUUGAGGAGGGGGAGUCAUCUCUGGAUAUUUUUGCGAACCCUGGCUUGACCUCUCCGCGCCCAUCGUCUGAAACCCCCACUUCUUCAUCCCAGCAGCAAGGGUUUCUAGCAGGUGGAGCAGCAGGGAUAGAUUCAAAUGGGCAACAGCACCACCAGGACGGGACAACACAAAGGCCCUUCCAUUCUUUUACCUCGGCGGGCCAGACUUUUGCGCCUCCCGCCUCCCGAGUCCACAGCUCUGGCGUUCCCGGCAGCACAAACCACCGGGCGCCCUCCCCCAAAAUCCCUAUCUUUCUUCCGUUCCAGUCUUCACCUUCCCCGCAUGUCCUACCUCAUGGGCUCCCCUCACGGACGCAUCCUGGGGCCAGCGGUGAGGCAGAUCUUAUGUCCAUGUCCGCAAAGAGACCCAAACUGGAAGGCGUGAGUGACGUGGGGCGGUUUAGAGGGUGUGGGAGCAGCCUGACCUCCCGCCAUUACAACUGCUGCUGCCCCGACCUACACGCCACCCAGGCCGAGCAGGAACACCACCUGAGGAUGAAGGUGCUGAAGGAGGAGUCUGAGGCGAAGGCAAAGGAACACGCCGCGAGGAUGAGGAUUCUUUUGCUGGAGGAAGAGCUUCUUAGAGAGAGGCUGCGGGUGAUAGGGAGGAGAAGCGAGGGUGUGCAGGGGAUGGAAGAGGAAGCUGGUGGUGUUGGUGGCGGUGAUGCAGGUGGUGGUGAUGAGGGUGAAGGUGAUGUGUGAGGCCUUAACACUGUGCUGGCUGGAAAGACUUUGGAGCUGCAUGUGUUGUUAUCGAGUCUGAAGAAUAUUGGAUUAUUUAAUGUUUAUCUAUGAUGGUGAACGCUGAGUAUAAGCUUUUGAGUUGUUAUUGUGAUAUUUUUUCUCUGUUACUCUCCAUGAAAAAAAGAUUAGAUGUUAUGUAUUUGCUGCAGCCAUACAGUUAUACAUACGCGUUUAUAUACAUACCCUUCCAUUUUUUAUUUCAUCUAUGGGUCUGUAACCUGCACUUCCUUCACCCACUCAUAUGAAUGUAACUUCAAUCAGCUAAUUAUUGACUAUAGACUAUAUCGUCCCCCACUCAGAACACUUCAACUAUUGCUACUCUGGUUUAUACAUUUCUAUCAGCAAUACACAUGGACAGAGCUUUAUCUUGCACUUCAUCAGCUACACGUUUGCAAAUACUCCUUCCCUGAAUUCAGCAUCAAGCACACCGGAGGCACAUUCAGUAAGUCACAUUUGUAUAUAUUUCAAUCAUCUGCAAAUACGGUCAUUUCACAAACAACACAUAUUUAAAUAUUUUCCUAUAAGCUCAACUCACUCGCAUGGAAAUUCUACAUUCGUUCACAUUUUCCCCUCCAAACAAGAGUCACAAACUUAUCAUCAUUUCCAAGCUCCUACACUCGUAAACACUCGCCCAAGCAUCACACACACGCCGUUAGGGAAGUAUACAUAUUCACGCCUCAAAUUUUAUCCACCCAACCACGAGUUAACUAUUUUUUUUAUCCUAUCACCGUCUCAAGAGUCCAGUGACCAAUGUUUUUUUCCCUCUAUUUACACUAGAGCUCUCACUUUGUCCCCGCCCCAGCUGAUGCUCGUCAUUAAGCAACACAACAGUAUUUUCUAUAUUUUAAACACAACGCUCACAUAUGCGUUCCGGCACAAAAUAGAGGAGGUACGGAACGCUAAAACGUGAAGAGUAUAUAAACUGUACAUAUUCCUGUCCCAAAUGUUCUCUCAUAUCUGUUGUUUUGUACCGAGCCAAUCAGGGCAUUCACUUCACUUCCGUGUUAAAUAAACUGUAUCAAAGCCGG